GACAGGCCCCCAGCUUGGGGUGCCUGUCUUCCCUAUGGCUGGACACCUGGCUUCAGACUUCGCCUUCCCACCCCCACCUAGUGGGGGUGAUGGGUCGGGAGGGCUGGAGCCAGGCUGGGUGGACCCUCGGACUUGGAUAAGCUUCCAAGGGCCUCCAAGUGGGCCUGGAAUCGGGCCAGGGGUUGGGCCAGGCUCAGAGGUGUUGGGGAUCUCCCCUUGUCCCCCGCCAUAUGAGUUCUGUGGAGGGAUGGCAUACUGUGGACCUCAGGUUGGACUGGGCCUAGUGCCCCAAGUUAGCCUGGAGACUUCGCAGCCUGAGGAUCGAGCAGGAGCGGAGAGCAACUCGGAGGGGGCCUCCCCUGAGCCCGGCACUAUCCGCCCUGGUGCCGUGAAGUUGGAGAAGGUGGAACCAAGUCCGGAGGAGUCCCAGGACAUGAAAGAUCUGCAGAAGGAGCUAGAGCAGUUUGCCAAGGUGCUGAAGCAGAAGAGGAUCACCUUGGGGUACACCCAGGCCAACGUGGGGCUCUUUGGAAAAGUGUUCAGCCAGACCACCAUCUGCCGCUUUGAAGCGCUGCAGCUCAGCUUCAAGAACAUGUGCAAGCUGCGCCCCCUGCUGGAGAAGUGGGUAGAGGAAGCCGACAACAACGAGAACCUUCAGGAGCAAUGCAAAGCGGAGACCUAGGUGCAGGCUGGAAAGAGAAAGCGGACGAGCAUUGAGAACGGCGUGAGAGGGAACCUGAAGAGCAUGUUUCUGCAGUGCCCGAAGCCCACCCUACAGCAGAUAAGCAUUAUCGCCUAGCAGCUCGGCCUGGAGAAGGAUGUGGUCCGAGUGUGGUUCUGUAACCGUCGCCAAAAGGGCAAACGAUCAAGCGCUGAUUAUUCCCAACGAGAAGAGUAUGAGGCUGCCGGGUCCCCUUUCCCAGGGGGGCCUGUAUCUUUUCCUCUACCCCCAGGGCCCCAUUUUGGUGCCCCAAGCUAUGGGAGCCCCCACUUGACCACACUCUACUCUGCAGUCCCGUUUCCUGAGGGCGAGGCCUUUCCUACUGUUCCCGUCGCUGUUCUGGGCUCUCCCAUGCAUUCAAACUGAGGCGCCAGCCCUGCCCGGGGAUGAGGUGAGCUGAGGCGAGGGGAGAGAGAGGUAGAUAGAACCUGGAGCCACCACAGCCUUGGGGUGAAGCUCCUUUACUGAGGAGGGGUCGCAAGCACAAAAAGGGUGGGGAAGAUGAAGUUCAGUGACGCUGUUUUGAUCAUGAGCCUGUCACUCAUUUUGUUCUUAAAUAAUAAAUAAAGCCUGGGACACACAAAAAAAAUAGUUUCACAGCUACUCAAGAAUGAAUAUUUGAUAAUGGUUUUUGGGAUGAGUGCUAUAGGAAAGCGGGUUUGUUCUUGGAAAGCUGUAAACUGUGUUUGCCAUCUGAGGCUGAUCUUGCAAUGGAUGUGUUUUGCCUAGGCAAUUGACUGUGAUCUCACUGACUUGACAUUUUCAAAUAAAGUUAAGAAAUGACUGUCUUUAAGGGACUGGAGAGAUGGCUCAGAGGUUCACAGCAAUGACUGCUCUUCCAGAGGCCCUGAACUCAAUUCCUGGCAACUACGUGGUUGCUCAUGGCUUAUCACCCUCUGUAUUGAGAUCUGGUGCCCUCUUCUGGCUGCAAGCAUACAUGCAGGCAGAACACUGCAUACAUAAUAAAGUCUUGAAAAGAAGGAUGGCUUUGAUAUAGACUCAUAACAAUACUUAACUCUACCUCGUCUUUCCUAUAAACUACACCACACAGCAAAAUCUACUUUAGGUCUA